UGGUCAUUUUUUUCUCUUUUUGCAAUAAUUUUUGUCCCUUUUGUGGUCAUUUUCUGUCUUUUUGUGGUUAUUUUGUGCCCUUUUCUAGUUAUAUUGUGUCUCUGUGGUUAUUUUUUUCCCUUUAUAAUCAUUUUGUGUCUCCUUGCAGUCAUUUGUGUCACUUUGUAGUCAAUUUGUGUCUCUUUUUAGGCAUGUGUUUCUGAUAACUCUACCAUCACUUUGAUAGCAAAAAAGCCACACUUUUUUGCUAAAUUUAGCCUUUUAGUUGUGAACUGAAUUGAGCAUUUCCUGCUCUUUUUUUCCAGAUCUUUUGGCUUCACAAACAGCUUGUUGAUGAUACACUAUAUUGCCAAAAGUAUUCGCUCACCCAUCCAAAUAAUCAGAAUCAGGUGUUCCAAUCACUUCCAUGGCCACAGGUGUAUAAAAUCAAGCAUCUAGGCAUGCAGACUGCUUUUACAAACAUUUGUGAAAUAAUGGGUCACUCUCAGGAGCUCAGUGAAUUCCAGCAUGGAACUGUGAUAGGAUGCCAUCUAUGCAACAAAUCCAGUCAUGACAUUUCCUCGCUCCUAAAUAUUUCACAGUCAACUGUCAGCUGUAUUAUAAGAAAGUGGAAGUGUGUGGGAACGACAGCAACUCAGCCACCAAGUGGUAGGCCACGUAAACUGACGGAGCGGGAUCAGUGGAUGCUGAGGCGCAUAGUGCAAAGAGGUGGCCAACUUUCUGCAGAGUCAAUCACUACAGACCUUCAAACUUCAUGUGGUCUUCAAAUUAGGUGCAAAGCAGCCACCACUGGACUCUAGAGCAGUGGAGACAUGUUCUCUGGAGUGACGAAUCGUGCUUCUCCAUCUGGCAAUCUGAUGGACGAGUCUGGGUUUGGCGGUUGCCAGGAGAACGAAACUUGUUGGACUGCAUUGUGCCAAGUGUAAAGUUUGGUGGAGGUGGGAUUAUGGUGUGGGGUUGUUUUUCAGGAGCUGGGCUUGGCCCCUUAGUUCCAGUGAAAGGAACUCUGAAUGCUUCAGCGUACCAAGACAUUGUGGGAACUUUGUGGGAACAGUUUGGAGCUGGCCCCUUCCUCUUCCAACAUGACUGUGCACCAGUGCACAAAGCAAGGUCCAUAAAGACAUGGAUGACAGAGUCUGGUGUGGAUGAACUUGACUGGCCUGCACAGAAUCCUGACCUCAACCCAAUAGAACACCUUUGGGAUGAAUUAGAUCGGAGACUAAGAGCCAGGCCUUCUGGUCCAACAUCAGUGUGUGACCUCACAAAUGCGCUUCUGGUCACUCAUUUAGCAGGUCAGGCCCAAAAAACUACUUACAAUAAUUCAAAGUCAUGCAUUGUGUAUUAGUGUGAAACCUUUGUCCUUUCUCAUAGCGAUAUCAGUAACAUGUUUUGUGUUUUUAUUUCUUUUGUUCAGUCUCUAAAUGACCGAAAAGCACAAAUGCUUCAAAAAUAAAAACCCCAGUGAGGCUUGCAGAGCCUUUUAAUUGCAAGAGAGGUCUGAGGUCUGUCACAGAGAUGAUUCCUCUGAAAGCUUGAAUGACAUUCUUUCAGGUGUGUCUGCGAUUUCCUAGCGAGACGACCUUAAUGAUACCGAGAAUAGAGACUUCAAAAAGCAACCUGUCUCUCUCCCAGAGACUCUCUCUCCUCUGAAGCAUCUUAAUGAACGCUGCUGCUGCUACUUCACCUCCCCAAUUAAGCAGCAAUUAUAAUGACAACUUUUAGGGUCUCAAUGCUGAAGUGGGCCCACGUUUCCCAGCUGAAAGAACGAAGGUUAUGCUGAAGACUGCAUGCGUCAGAGGGGGUGAUGGCGUCGUGGCGGGAUGGUGGGGGAGGACGGGCAGUUUUUAAAAGGGCAGGGUCCCUGAAUGUCACAAACAUACAGCGAGACGUCUGACACGACACAAGGUAAGAAAAGUCAAACUUGGAGAGUUUACCUGUUUGUGUCCAGAGCAGCUGAGAAGUCGCUCAGAGAUGAGACUUUCCUUCCAUCUCGGUGCCUCCCUCCUCUCCCUCGCCCUCCUCCUCCCAUGGACCGUCACAUCUCACCCUGUCUCCCCCACUGCCCUCCUGCCCACAGUGGACAGACCCGAGCUGCAGUCGGCCCUGCUGGACCUCCAGGCUGCUCUGGAGGAGCAAAGGGACAACUGGUCAGAGUGGGAUCAAGACCCCCGACCUGAGGAGGAGGAGGAGGAGGCACUGCUGAGGGCCCAGAGAGAAGAAGGAGACGAGGAGAACGGCUGGAAGAGGAACGAAGCACUGACCUCAAUCGCUGGAGGACUGCAGGCCGUCAGCCGCGAGAAAGGAGGGUUCGGUUUCCGCUUCGGCAGGAAACGGUGGACUGACAGAGGGUGGAGGGAUGGAGGGAUGGAGGGAGGAGAAGGUAGGAUGCAAGAAGACGAUGAGAGAGGAGGCUGAAGGAAGAGAAAAAAGAGUUGAGGUGGUGACACACUCGGCAACUUUUUUAGCAAGCAAGGACCUGGAGAAGUUGCUCAGUGCAUCACCACCUUCAAAAGUCACAAGGGUUUGGGGCAGAUUGCACAAAAUAAACCGUGUAAGAGUCAAAAUGUAUACGCAUGUGAGGUUUUCUCCUGCUGUUUCCAACUCCCAUGUUUCAAAGAGAGCAGAUUUAUUUUUUAGUAACUGGAUGUACAGAACAAGAUGCAACGUGUUCACUCAGCUCCUGAAUGUCACAUCUCAUAGUCUGAUAACAUUUGUACAAGGACAGAGAAAACUGGACAUAGGCCUUUGUCCAUGUGUUCAUUUGUUGCCUUCAAUAUCAGCACUGAAUAAACAGUUUGGAGCUGCAGUCUGUAAAACGAAACUCUCAGCACAGA